AAAAUUCAAAAUAAAAAGGGGUAAACAACGUUAUUGGAGAAAAGAAAUAUUGAAAAAUGCCAAUAAUUUCAAAAUUAUCCAAUAUUACCCGGCUUUCAAGCCUUUUGAGGUCACCAGCAGCAUCUAGUAUCAUUCAGAAUGCUGCUCGUAACAUGAGUGCACAUGGUCCACGUGUGUUUCCAAUGAUCCCAACACGAAUGCAAUGGCACAAAUUCAAGGAUACGUUUCAUUUCUUUGUCAUGCUAGGUGUUAUUCCUGUAACUGGCAUCAUCUUCUACUCUAAUGUCUUCAUUGGACCUGCUCAAUUGACAGAAACACCUGAAGGCUAUGAGCCAAAUCAUUGGGAAUAUCACAGACAUCCAAUUUCAAGAUUCAUUUCCCGAUAUAUCCAUAACUCACCCCAGGAAGAAUACGAGAAGCAAUGUCAUGUAAUUAAUGAGGAAAUGCAAAAGAUGAGACUUCGUAAGUUGGAAGCUGAAAUUAAGGCAAAGAUGGCUGAGCGUCGUGAUUAUCAAGCUUACUAUUAUCGUCCAGUUAUGGCUAAAUAUCACAGAGUUGCUAAACAAGUUGCUGACGAACUUGAGGCACUUGAUGGUGAACGCUAAUUACAAAUG